AUGACCGGUCUACCUCCAGAUUCUCCAAUCGAUAUUCGUGCACUUGUUCUCUAUGACGCUCAUAAGUCGAAAACUGUCGAAAAUUCGUACAAAAAUUACGAGAAAUUGUGUGAAGUAUUGAGAAAAGAAGCGAUGCCAAAUGAAGAAUAUGAGUUUUACUUCAAUCAAUAUCUCAAAGAAGCCAAUUUUCCGACAAAAAAUGAAGAAAGAGAUCCCCCGGUGACAGAUAUUCGUUACUGCAUUCUAUCUGAUGUCAUCAAUGGAAAAUCAGUUGAUGGCUCUUAUACUGAGUUGUGUGAAUCGUUUGGAUCCAUUGAAAUCGAUAAGAGUGAUCAUGGUUAUUGGUACCAACGAUAUAAGGAUAAACGUCAUCCCUCAACACCACCAGAAUUUUCCAAUUUGCCAUAUGAUGUCGUUGAGAAAAUUGUAGAAGAAUGUGAUUUAUUCUCUAUUGUGAAUCUUCGAAAAGUGUCACAUAGUCUCAAGAACGUUAUCGAACAUUCUAAACCUCCUUGCGCUGAUAUCAGAAUAGAAUGUCUAGAAGAUUGGGUUUCCUUGCACUGCGAUAAAGAAGUUACAUCAGUAUUCUCUGGCCCGAACGCGGAGGAUGAGUAUUCUGAACUGUGUAACCAUGAUGACAACGUAAAGAAAAUCUUCGAUGCGCUGAAGUUGGCAUUCCACAAUCCGAAACUUCGAUUGAACUCUCUUGACGUUCAAACAUUCAACUAUUGCGGAGAAAAAAUAUCGCGCCCUAAAAAAAAGAACGAACGAAAUCAGAAGAUGUUCAACUAUCUUUUCAAUUCAUUGAAUCACAAAAUCCACGUGGAACACUGCUUGAUUAGUUCUAAAACUACAGAAGAUGCGAUUACUGUUUUGAAGAGUCUGAAACCUGGAGUACUCGAGAAAUUGUCAUUAUGUGGAUCGAAUAAAGUGUCAAAUAUUGAUCGUUUGGUGGAGAUGGAACAAUGGAAACAAGCUGAACAUUUGGUUAUCACCAGAGAAGUUCCCACAUCGAUCGAAUAUUUUGGUCAUUUUAAAACAUUUGUAAUCGAAUUUCGGUUUUUUACAGCUGAUUAUUUGGUUGAGCUCGUUGAUUUGGUUUCCAAUUCUUCAAAAUUCGAAUCAUGCACGAUAAUCAUCACACCAAGAAUUUAUGAAGAAACCAUCAAAGAAGUACUGAACCUUCAACGGAAUGCUUUUCCAGAAAUAUAUUCGAUUCCAAAUUCAAAUCUCGUCCUUGAGUUUAUGCACGAAACAAACUAUUUUCGUGAUUUAGCAAACAAGAUCAAAAUCACCGUCCAAGUCAAAUAA